UACGUCUGAUGUGACUAGUGGUAGCGUACUCUCUGCUGAGCAGCAUGUGGUCUCCGAAGACACUCACAACAUGUUGACGGGAUUCUUCACGGUGCAUAAUACUGUUGCAGGACAAUCAUCUCCAACACAGAGGCAACAGCGCAGCUUUUACAUGAGAUUGACAGGGAUGUAGGCGACAACAGCAUUAAUAUAAUCACAUUACAUAGCAAUUAAACAUGAUAUGAAAUACAACAAAUAGAAGACCGAGAGCUACAAACAGGACUGUUACUGCGCUGUUCUCGAUCACCAUCAUCAUGGAGCCAGUUUGCACAAUGGGAACACAUCAUGGCUGUGAUGGUUACUACUACCCCUGAUGCUUGAGAAGUCACCACCAUGGAGAUGGACAGCUACACCCAGACCCCAGCCCCGAGCGACUGGGCUGGGACGGUGGUAAGUGUGGGGGCCCUGGAGGAGGUCUCGUGGGAAAGUGUCUCCUCCAGCACAGGCUGGUACAUGCCCUACCCCCUGGGCUUCCAGGUGUCACUGACCGCCUUCCUCAUGCUAGAGCUGGUGCUAGGCUUCAGCAGCAACUUGACCGUGCUGGUGCUCUACUGCUCUCAGUCCAACCUGGUCGACUCAGUCAGCAACAUGGUCACGGUCAACCUGCAUGUGCUGGACGUGAUGUUGUGCGUGCUGUGUCUGCCUCUGACCCUGGUGGUGGUGCUUCUGCCCCCAGGGCCCAACCUGGCCCUGCUCUGCUGCUUCCACGAGGCCUGUGUCACCUUCGCCUCCAUCGGCACCGCCAUCAAUGUGCUGGUCAUCAGCGUGGACCGCUAUGACAUCUCUGUCCGACCCGCCAACCGGUUGCUCACCCCGCAGAGGGCGGGGCUACUGCUGGCUGCCGUCUGGGCCACGUCUCUGGCCGUCUUCUUCAUCCCCUUUCUGGAGGUGGAGUUUCUCACCGGAGGGGCGGAGAGUAGACAGCACAGCUCCACCUCCUCCCCCGACACCCCCCUGGCACUAGUGUGGCGUAACCGGACGCUGCUUUGUGUGGGUGGACAGGGCUACCACACAGGCCUGGCCAUGUACUACCACCUGCUGCUGCAGGUGCCCAUCUUCUUUAUCACAGUGGCAGUCAUGCUGUUCACAUACUCACGGAUCCUGCGGGCCUUGAACAUUCGCAUCGGCUCCCAUAUUAAAAAGAGCCAGCGCUUCAGGGCACCCUCCUGCAGGGGGCGACGCGCUGCUGCUGCUGCCCCUGCACCUGCUGCCCCUGUCACCAGUCCCACUGUUCAGGCAUCUGUGUCGGCCAUCAUUGCCUUGCGGCGGGCUGUGAGGCGUCACCGGGACCGGCGGGAGCGCCAGCGGCGCGUCUUCAGGAUGUCACUCCUCAUCGUCUCCACAUUCCUAGGUUGCUGGGCUCCUCUGUCCGUGGCCAACGUGUUGAUCCUGGGCCUGGGCCCCAGUGACACCCUGGUCAGCCUGCGCCUCUGGUUCCUGGCCCUGGCCUAUGGCACCACCAUCUCCCACCCACUGCUCUAUGCCUUCACCAGGCAGAAGCUGCGGCUUGCCCUCAGAGCCAAGGUGAAGAAGAGGGUGGUGUCACUACUGCAGGUGGACCCCUCGCCAGGAGAGACCGUCACACACAACUCCUGGGUGGAGCCAAGGAAGGGACGACAGUUACAGCUGGAGGGCAGCGAAACCAUUGACCGUUGCCUGGUAGAGCCCCUGAAGAAUAGCACACACUAGCUGCACCCCCCCCCCCCAGGUGCAGGACCAGUAUAUCACUGAAUGCAAACACUAAGAUACUUAUGUAACUUAUUUACAGUAGCCUAUAUGAGUGUCUGUUUGGCCAGCAGAGGAUCAGAAUUCCACCCACUCAAGCAUUGGAAGGCAGCUUCUAAGACAACACAAAAACAUUGGCACCCAUGUAGAUACACAAAUACAUAUUAUUUUGGAUCUGCUAAAUACAGAUGUAGGACCUUAAUUGAAGCCAGUUCACUACAAAAGGAAAAUAAUCCUGCAUCACCAAUUAAUGGACAUUUUUUAUAUGGUUUGUUAAAAAUUGUUUAGGGUAAAUCAAGUCUGACAUUUUAAAGUGGAAAUGAUAAAAUAUAGAUGCCUUUUUAAAACGGAAUGCACAGCAAGAUUGCAUUUCCUGCUGUGCAGGAAAAUUGUCAGCAACAAAAGAGUGAUCAAAUGAAGAUCCUACAUCUGUAUUACACAUGCCUUAAAUAUUUUAAGAAUGGGUUUAAAUGUGUCAUUGAUUCUGAACAAGAAGAUGUAUAUAUCCUACUGAUAUAAUACAAGAUGGAACUAUGUACAUAGUGUACACUAUUAUCUAUUCAUAUAUACAGUGACUUCAGAAAGUAUUCAGACCCCUUGACUUAUUCAAUAUUUUGUUGAGUUACAGAUGAAAUUCAAAUUGGGUUGAAUAGAGUUUUGGGCUCACCCAUCUACACACAAUACCCCAUAAUGACAAAGUGAAAACAUGUUUUUAGAAAUGUUAACAAAUGUAUUUAAAAAAUAAGUAUUCACACCCCUGAGUCUAUACAUGCUAGAAUCACCUUUAGCCGCGAUUACAGAUGUCAUUCUUUCUGGGUAAAUCUCUAAUAGUAAAUCUCACCAUAAUUUGCAAAUAAAUAAAUUAAAAAUCCUACAAUGUGAUUUUCUGGAUUUUUUAAACUCAUUUUGUCUGUCAUAGUUGAAGUGUACCUAUGAUGAAAAUUACAAGCCUCAUCUUUUUAAGUGGGAGAACUUGCACAAUUGGUGGCUGACUAAAUACUUUUUUGCCCAACUGUAUGUGACUUAUGCACAUUUCUACUCCUUAACUUAUUUGUUGUUUACUCCAUGUAUAACUCUGUGUUGUCUGUUCACGCUGCUUUGCUUUAUCUUGGCCAGGU